ACGUAAAAUGGAAAAGAAAGAAAAUUGGUGCGAAAAGCCUCCGUCAAGGAAAACCCAUCGUGUUUCUGAUUUUCUUAUGGUUCAACUUCAUUUCAUUUCCAGAUCUCUCUCAGUCUCUCUCUCUCUCUCUCAAAGCUUCAACUGCUUUCAACAACCAUUUCUUCCUUCACCAUUUCUCCACCCAAAUAAAGUAAAAGCAACGUAACGUAGAAAAGUAUUGUUUGAAUCUAAGACCCAGAGAAUCCCAAAUUUUUUUACUCUUGAAUCGUUCUAAAAAACUCUGAACGAAAGCAAGAUGGAGAGUUUCACAGCGGAAGAUCUGUCAACAAUAGGCGGUAUAGCCACCGUUUCUCUUCUUCAUUCCUUCAUUCCCACCCAUUGGCUUCCCUUCUCCAUCGUCGGUCGCGCCCAAAAAUGGACCCUUUCUCGUACCCUCCUCGUCACCGCAUUCGGAGCUGUUUUGCAUGUAAUAUCUACUUCACUUCUUGGUAUAACAGCCAUCACUAUAACGAACACGAUUGCUGGUGAAGAAACAGUGCAUAAACUUGCUUCACUUUUGCUCAUAGUUCUUGGUGGUAGCUAUAUAUUGUUGUUUUUGUCUGGAAAGGGCGGACACAGUCAUUCUCAUAACCAACCCAUGGAGAAAAUGGCUGUUGCUGGUCUUGUCCUUGUUCCGGCAUUGUCUCCUUGUGCAACCACUCUUCCUGUGUUUCUGGCUGUUGGAAAUUCAUCUUCCAUGAUGGUACUUGCCAUUAUAGUGCUGCUAUUCAGCACUAUAACAGUGAUGACCUCGCUGGUGGCUCUAUCUUUCUACGGUGCUAGCCAGCUCAAGUUUCAUUGGGCGGAGCGCUAUGACAAAGUUCUUGUGGGUUCAGUGCUAUGCUUGGUAGGGAUCUUAACACUCAUUUUUCACGAUCAUGAUGGAGAUGAAGGUUUGCAUGGACACCAUGUGCACAGGAAAAUCAUUGGUCUUUGAGGUCUAUGGCAUCCUUCAAGUGUAUGUUUUGGUUAGAGGAUGCAAUCAUCCAUUUUAAAUACUACUAGGUGUAAAUUGUUCAUUGUGCCAUAAGUGGAUUACAAGAUUGUUUUAUCCUUAUUAGUUAGUCUAUAUGAGUAUAUGUUAUGGUCACUUUGCCAUCAAUGCUUGAGGUUGUUUUGUUCUUAUUGGUUGAUCUCAUAUGCCGGUGCUAUACAUAGCCAUUAAAAUGCUAAUUGACUUGAAUGCUGAUAUAAUGAAUUCUCUUUUUGUACCCUCA